GGUCGACUGUGUUUACACUCGCUGUCCUGCUCCGCCUCGCGCUACGGCACGCGUACACAGACACACGAGCCUUUGGACGACUGAGCGCGUGCCAGGAACGGCCCGUCUUCUUACGGACGAUGUCCUUCAAACUCGCCGUGCUGCGGGGGUUCCAGUUGAGCCGCUCGCUGCUCCACUGGGGUCUGAAGCCGGCAGCCCGAGCGGCGGCGAAGCUACGGGGCGAGCCGCUCCGUGGGGUCCCGGUGGGCCGCGCCGCUCAGCCUCGGCCUUUCCUGCCCGCGCGCUACCGCUACUUCCGCGUGUCACUGGGCGGUCUGGCGGCUCAGCUCCAGUCCCGCGGCGUCCGGCGGCUCCUGAGCGCCGCUUCCCCCAGGAACAGGGUCGUGUUCCUGGCCUUCGGACUGGGCGCGGGGCUCGUGGAGCAGCAGCUCGAGGAGGAUCACGCGAGCACCGCCGCGUGCCGCGAAAUACAGGCGCUGUUUAAGAAGAAGUUCCAGAAUUCUUUCAAAUCCUUCACCUCUGGAUACAAAUUGAAUGACUAUGUCAUUGGGAAGCAGAUCGGAAAAGGGUGCAAUGCCGCCGUGUAUGAAGCCGCUGCAUCCUUUGCCAUGCCCCAGGAAGGUGGAAGGUGCCCUUUGGCAGAGCAGAAGGAUUCAGAGCCACAUUUGCCCCGCUCAGUAGCACACUUCCCGCUGGCCAUGAAGAUGAUGUGGAACAUUGGGGCUGGUUCAUCAAGUGCAGACAUUUUGAGCUCUAUGUCUCAGGAGCUGGUUCCCGCAUGCCCACAGGCUUUGAAAGAGGAAAACAGGUCAAACACACUACAUGGGCAUUUUGGGUAUGUUCCCAGGAAGAUGUCCGCUCACCCCAAUGUAAUCACAGUGUACAGAGCUUUCACAGCAGAGGUGCCUCUGCUACCCGGGGCACAGGAGGAGUACCCCGAUGUCCUGCCUCCUAGGCUCAAUCCUGCAGGCAUGGGCAACAACCGCACACUCUUCCUGGUCAUGAAAAACUAUCCAUACACGCUUCGACAGUACCUGGAAGUGUCAGUCCCCAGCAGAAAGGAGGGCACUCUGAUGGUCCUACAGCUCCUGGAGGGGGUGGACCAUUUGUGCCAACAGGGCAUUGCCCACCGGGACCUCAAGUCUGACAAUGUGCUCGUGGAGUUGGACUCAGAUGGCUGUCCCCACUUGGUAAUCACAGACUUUGGUUGCUGCCUGGCAGAGGGCGACUUUGGGUUAAAGCUGCCUUUCAAUAGUCGAUGUGUGAAUCGAGGGGGCAAUGCUUGUCUGAUGGCCCCUGAGGUGGCCACAGCUGUUCCUGGCCCCGGUAUGAUCAUUGACUACAGCAAGUCUGAUGCUUGGGCAGUUGGUGCCAUUGCGUACGAGAUCUUUGGGCAGCGUAACCCAUUCUAUAGUGCUGGACCAGAGGGCCUGGACAGCAGAAAGUACCAGGAGAAGCAACUGCCCUUGCUACCUUCACGUGUGCCCACUGACACACAUGUGGUAGUAAGGCUGCUGCUGCGUCGAAACCCCAGAAAGCGUCCCAGCGCCCGCGUGGCUGCCAACAUGCUGCACAUCAGCCUUUGGGGUGGGCAGGCCCUGGACAGCCAGGACUGGUCCAGCAUGAAGACGAUGGCCGACUGGCUGCUCUGCCAGUCCGCGGUGGUGCUGCUGAAAGGCUGCAGUCCUAGCAGGAGCACCGUAGAGAUGGAGCUACAGAGGUGUUUCCUGGCCAACGUCAACCUGGAUGACCUGCGUGCUGCCAUGGGGUUCCUCAUAUUUGGACGUGCACAGCAUAACUUUUAGUUUGGGUUUAUCUGACAUCCUGUUCCUGUUCUGACAUUUCAAUGUGAUUUGUUCAGUUUUGUGUGCAUCUUGGUAUGUGUUGUAUGCUGUUGGCACAGUCUUGCACUUUUCUAAAAACUAAGUUUGAAGAUUCAGUUUUACGUAAUCCUUUCUGGGAAGAAAAAAGCACUUUGAAUAUUAAACCUUCACUAAGCAUUAUCAUAAUGUUCUCAGACCUCAUAACUACUGAACAGUGUGAUGCAGUCAGAUUGCAAGAAUCAUUCAUCUUUGUUGCAUAGCUGAAUUAAUUUUGUCUUUGGGUUAAAUGUGUCAUUUGUAAUUUAGAGAAAUGCAGUCUGCUAGAUCUAAAGUUAAAAAAAAAUGCAGUCAUUAUUCUUUAUUUGGUUUAUUCCUUUUUCCUUGGUGACUUAAAUACGUUAAUGCUAAUAAGUGUGAAGUUUCAGUUAUGAUACCAGUCUUAGAUGAGAUACAGCAUUGCAGUCAACACAUGAUGAGCUUUUUAGCAAAAUUUAACAGAAAUAAACAACAGUACAGUAGUGAAAUUGAAUUAAAUGAGCACAGCACAGACAAGUUAGGUAAUGGCUGGGCUAGGGCUAAAGUUCACGAGUCUCAAGUUGUCAUAUAAAUUGGUUCUUUGAUAGGUGCCUGAAGGUCAGGAGAGUGGUAGGACAUCUGAUAGUAUGGAAGUGCAUUCCACAGCUUGGGAGUGAGGAGAGAGAAUUGAGUGACCUAUUAAUACUUGUGAGGGAGGAGCUACAGAGAGUAACCAGCUUAGCUAAGGGCACAUUGAAGCUUCUUUGGUGGAAGCUAAGAAGAAAUGAGAGACUGAAUGGUGUGCAAUAUGAAUAUCUCCCACCAGCAAGAUCACAAUUCUAAGACUGCUCAUAUAAAUUUUAGCACAAAGUAUGCAUUUGCAAAAUUGUUUUGUACUCUAUUUCAUUGGCUUUUUGGUCAUGUAAAUGACAGUAUCUUGAUUCUUAAGUAA